UUAUUAUGUACCUUGAUUUUUAUAUAAGUGCAUUUUCUCCAAAGGAUGAACUUUAUAUUAACAAAGUAAUGUCCCAUUUAUGCAUUUUCUUAAUUCUACUAAGCAUUUCUAUGGUCCCCAUGCUGAUUUUGACCAUGAAAGAGUUGUAUUCAAGGAGUAUACCCGAUUUUCUUUUAUGGGUGGGCGAGGAUCCAUGGCUAAGAAGCGAGAUAGGAACAUCUGGACACUACCUGGAGCGACCAGUCAGGGUGGCAAUUUUAAAACAAAAUAAAAACUCUGCAUUUAGAUCGAGAAGAUCGUCCAGCGUCGAUUGGAUCAUCCCAGAACCAAAUUACAAUAAACUCAGAUUGGUCAAAUCUCUAACCACAAUGUCCAACAAUGAAGCAAUGUAA